UACAAAUCCCCUCUCUCCACAGUCCAUAUCCCCCAACACACACCCGGCCUCAACAAAGAAGCCCUCUCCCUCUCUAAAUUAAUGUGUCCGCAAAUUGUUGAGAAACCCAUGGCCUCGGCCAAGCCCUCGUCGCUGCCCCGUAGCAGGGCAUACGUGACCUUCUUGGCCGGCAAUGGCGACUACGUCAAAGGUGUCGUCGGUUUGGCCAAGGGCUUGAGGAAGGUUGAUGCCGCUUACCCUCUUGUGGUGGCUGUCCUCCCGGACGUCCCGGUGGAGCACCGCCGCGUGCUGGCUGAUCAGGGCUGUAUCGUCAGGGAGAUCACGCCGGUCUACCCGCCCGAGAACCAAACCCAGUUCGCCAUGCCCUAUUACGUUGUCAACUACUCCAAGCUCCGCAUCUGGCAGUUCUUGGAGUACAGUAGGAUGAUAUACUUGGACGGCGACAUACAAGUGUACCACAACAUUGACGACCUGUUCGAGUUGCCGGCCGGCUACUUCUACGCCGUCAUGGACUGCUUCUGCGAGAAGACGUGGGGUCACACGCCGCAGUACAAGAUCGGGUACUGCCAGCAGUGCCCGGAAAAGGUGAAGUGGCCGGCGGAGAUGGGCCAGCCGCCGUCUCUCUACUUCAACGCCGGGAUGUUCGUCUUUGAGCCGAGCCUCUCCACGCGUGAUGACCUCUUGAGGACCCUCAAAAUCAACCCUCCGACGCCUUUCGCCGAGCAGGACUUGUUGAACAUGUACUUCAAGGAUUUUUACAGGCCGAUUCCUUUGAUUCAUAACCUAGUUCUUGCGAUGUUGUGGCGGCACCCGGAGAACGUUCAGCUUGACAAAGUGAAAGUUGUGCAUUACUGUGCCGCGGGAUCAAAGCCAUGGAGGUACACGGGAAGGGAAGAGAACAUGGAGAGGGAAGACAUAAAGAUGCUGGUAAAGAAGUGGUGGGAAAUUUACGACGACGAGUCGUUGGAUUAUUACCAACAGCGGCAUGCGCAGCAGGUUGCGGCAUCCGACCAUGGCAAUAUUAUUGGUGGAGCUGAGACGACGGUGCCGUUGAAGAUAGCAGCGGCUUCUCUUUCGGAAGCUGCUGGCACUGUUCACUACGUGGCUGCCCCCUCAGCUGCCUAAAUCAAUAUUUGCUAAUAAUAUAACAUUAAUCAAUAAUAAUUCCUAUCCCAUGUAUGGUCAAGGUCUAGAUUUGGAUUGGAUGGUGUUUUGGGUUUUGAGUUUUGAUUGUUUGGGCACCUGCAGAUCGAACUAGCUGGUGGCUGCCUGGUUUGCAUUUGAAAUUGUUUUAAGUACUAGCUAUUUUUUUUUAUUAUUUAUAAUUACAAUGGAAUUAAAAAAAUGAGAAUUUGUACAAAAGACCUGCAGUUUGUAAGCUCUGAUCUUUAUUUUCAAAUUUGUUAAAA